AACGCCAUUUCAACUUUUUUCCAUUUCCCGUUUAAACCCUAGCUGAGGGUUUAAGCUCGCGCCACGCAGCGAACCCUCGUUUCGUUCCCGAAACAACACUGAACUUGUUCAUGAUCCAUUUCGAAGGCACAUUCUAAGCCAUGGGAGCAGCUAGGUUAACCUCGUGCGUGGCCGUAACAGCUGCUGCUGUGGCCUCCAUGUCCACGCUCUCCGAUCGUGCCUACGCCGAGUCUCCCUUUCGCUGGCCUUUCUUCACAUCUUCCCCUUCCAAUUCGCCUUCGCCGCCGAAUCAGGCUUCUGACACCAAGUCGGAGCCUCCGGCGCCCGAUGAACCCAAUAGGUCGGGUUUCGACCCGGAAUCGUUAGAAAGAGGAGCCAAAGCUCUCCGCGAAAUCAACAAUUCUUCCUAUGCCAAACAGGUGUUUGAUUUAAUGCGGAAACAGGAACAAACUCGCCUUGCUGAAUUAGACGCUGAGAAAGUUCAUUAUGAGCUGAUUCAGUCUCAAGGAGAUAUUGAGAGGCAGCGGAAAAUGGCUGAAGAACAACGGAAUCUAAUACAAGAGCAGGCCCAGAGACAGGCACAGGUGAUGCGAUAUGAAGAUGAAUUGGCAAGGAAAAGAAUGCAGGCAGAUCAUGAAGCUCAAAGGCAACAUAAUGUUGAAUUGGUCAAGAUGCAAGAGGAGUCUUCUGUAAGAAAGGAGCGGGCAAGACAGGCUACCGAAGAACAGAUUCAAUCUCAGCAGCGUCAAACUGAGAGAGAAAGAGCUGAAAUAGAAAGAGAAACUAUUAGAGUUAAGGCAAUGGCAGAGGCUGAAGGCCGAGCCCAUGAAGCAAAAUUGACAGAGGAUCAUAACCGGAGAAUGCUCAUAGAACGAAUGCAAGGUGAAAGAGAUAAAUGGCUUGCUGCAAUUAACACAGCUUUUAGUCACAUUGAAGGAGGUCUAAGGGUUUUAUUGACUGAUAGGGACAAAUUGCUUAUGACUGUUGGAGGAGCUACUGCACUAGCUGCAGGAAUAUAUACAACUAGAGAGGGUGCUAAAGUCACAUGGGGAUAUAUUAAUCGGAUUUUGGGGCAGCCAUCAUUGAUCCGGGAAUCAUCCAUGGAAAAGUUUCCAGGGUCAAAGUUCAUUUCUCAAGCCAAGCAUAAAUUUCUAAAUUAUAGUACUUCAGCCAGGGCAGAAAAGUCUGUCGGUAGUCAAAAUGGUCUUGGGAAUGUAGUCCUCCAUCCAUCACUGCAGAGAAGAAUAGAGCAUCUUGCACGGGCAACAUCAAAUACCAAGGCCCAUCAGGCACCAUUUCGUAACAUGCUUUUUUAUGGGCCUCCUGGCACUGGUAAAACAAUGGUUGCAAGGGAAAUAGCUCGAAAAUCGGGUUUGGAUUAUGCCAUGAUGACUGGAGGAGAUGUUGCACCUCUGGGCCCACAAGCUGUUACCAAAAUUCAUGAUAUAUUUGAUUGGGCCAAGAAAUCUAGAAAAGGCCUAUUGCUUUUCAUUGAUGAGGCAGAUGCUUUCCUUUGCGAACGCAACAGCUCGCACAUGAGUGAAGCUCAACGAAGUGCUCUAAACGCUUUGCUCUUCAGAACUGGUGAUCAGUCUAGAGACAUAGUACUUGUCCUUGCGACAAACAGACCAGGUGAUCUUGAUAGUGCAGUUACUGAUCGCAUUGACGAAGUGAUUGAAUUCCCUCUACCAGGAGAGGAUGAGCGCCUAAAAUUAUUGAAGCUCUAUUUAAACAAGUAUCUGUGUGAUGACAAUAAAGGCUCCAAAGGGAGCUUCUUGCUGAAGAAGCAGCCCCAAAAGAUUACCAUAAAAGAUUUAUCCGAAGAUGUGUUGAGAGAGGCUGCCAAGAAAACAGAGGGAUUUUCUGGCCGUGAGAUAGCCAAACUCAUGGCCAGUGUCCAAGCUGCUGUAUAUGGACGCCCAGACUGCGUCUUGGAUUCCCAGUUAUUUAAAGAAAUUGUAGAUUACAAGGUGACGGAACAUCAUCAACGAUUAAAACUUGCAGCUGAAGGCGGCCUGCCUGACCAAAUACAACUUGUUUGAGCUUUAAUUUGAGUUUUCGUUCUUCAUCUUGUUAUUAUUGUCGGUACAUGUGGCUGAUGAAGUAGAUUUAUUGAAAAAAGCUUCACCCAUCUGCAUUCUGUGAACCAAAUUUACAGAAUAUUUUGUUAGGCGUAGGAGUCUCAGACUUGGGAGCAGCAUUACAGCGGAACCUGUUCAUGCUGUGGAGCAAGAAGUCUGGUUUUGAGAGCGUAGAAGUCAAGUUACCUUGAUUAAAUUUAUAAAAUAUCUGAUUUGUAAUUUAAAUUGCAUUCUGUUGUGCAUUUGAUUUACGCGAAAAUCUAAUAAGAUUCUACUGGAUGGAUGUCACUUUUCGCUAUAACAAUUUCUUUUUUAAUCUUUAUAACAUCCAAGUGUACAAUCCUACCAACUCAGGGUGCAUGAUCUUAUGUAAAUUCACACUUAUCAAAGCUUCAUUUUCUC